GAAGAAGAAAAAAAAAGAGGAGGGCCAAGGGCCAAGCCAAGACAGGAAAGGGGGCGUCGGGUGUGAUAUAACCAUUUCUACCACCACUCGUCUUGCAUUCCCUUCUUUCACGUUUCCCGGUUUUGAUCCCUCAACUCUCGCCAAAAAAGAAGAGCCGAGCCGGUGCCUGGUCGCCGUUGUACAAUUUAUCCGAGCUGCUGGGCAGACUUUGCUUUCCAUUCUCGCUGUUGAUACUUCUUCCCAUCGCUGGCCGAACGACCAAACAACAGCAAAAGAAAGAAAAAAAAAAUACUCUCUCUGCAGGACCGUCUCCUUGUAAUAUCGACAACCCCGAACCGGCAACUCUAAUAAUCAUGGCGCCCAUACAAUCGUCCCUCGACACCCACCUCCUGGCGGUCAGGAGCAACGAGCUCCUGAUGCGCGGGCUGGCCGAGGCCGGCUCCACCGCGCACAUGCUCAUGAAGCGCGAGAUCAGCCACUUUACCGUCGAGACGAUAGCAGUUGUCAUCACAAUAUUCGUCUUGAUGGGCCUGCUGUACUACUGGGGUAUUAAGAAGGACGGCUCGUGGAAAUAAGGAGGCAAUCCGCCGACUGCUACAGCCUCCUUUACCCGCCGCCACGCGAGCCGCUCGGCUGAUGCGCUGUGGCGUGGCUUGGGCGACCACAGCCCUCAGUGCAACCCACCCGACGGCCAGACACGACUUGCUCCCACGGUGGGAUCGCGCGUCUGGAUUCUAAGAAGCACCAUGACAGAAUAACUACCCCCAGACUACUGUUUUCAUUGUUCAUUCGGGCCGGCACACACGACAGCCGCCCUAGAUUCCUACCCAUUGCCGCCAUAGAUGUGAAAGGAGGCUCUAUUAUACCCGGAGGAGCGAGCCUGUGCUCCCAUUUCUUUUUGGAUCUUUGCAUAUUUUUGGGUUUAAUCAUAGCGAAGCGAUGGGACAGCAUAUUUACAAUCGUCGAAUCCUGUUUUGAACUUUUUUUAUUUUAUUAUUAUUUUUAUUUGCCAAACAAAUAACGCGCUACACCACCCCAAACGUGAUGCCGUGCUUUCUCAUG